AUGUUGGUUCAGCCGAAGGAAAUUCCGUAUUCACAUUCUAGCUUAAGGCCUCGAAUUGAUCCGAUCACCAACAUCCGUGCCCGAAGCCGGAAUUUAGGCUUACCGUCUCCGGGAAAAUUCAGGAGCGGCCACUUUCCGGAAACGACAAUCCCGUUGAUGUCUGCCGCUUUAACAGGUGAGGAGGACAGUUCCCCCGCUUCUGAAAAUGACGUGACUAGUGACUCUGAGAAAGAUACUGUUUAUGGAGGGAGGUAUUCUCUUGAUUCUUCUCCACGAGAUGAAAGACUUCCUAAUGGAACUGCUCGUACAUUUGGAAACCGGGCCCAAAGACAGCCCCUAUAUGCCACUGCCAGUGGUUAUGCAUAUUCAGAUGUUAGUUCGUCUAUGGAGACUUUAAUGGGAGGGAGAAGAGGGAAUUUGGGUGAUAGGUUAGCGAGAAGGAAUGGGAGAUAUCCUGUUGGAAGGGAUGGUUUUACCGAAGAGGAUGAGUCUUCCGAUUCGGCUGUUAGCUCUGAGUUUUUGACUACACAAGUGGGGAGUAUUCAUGGUAUGGUCCCUCGGAGUAAAGCAUAUGUUUCUAAAGGGUAUGAUUCAACUGUGCCUUCUCGGAUUAAUGUGGAAAGUACAACUGAAAAGGAUUUAAAUUCUAGGAAGCUACACCAUGAAAAGAUAUCUAAUGAAGAUAAUCCAAGUGCACCACCAUUUUCUAGUUCAGUGCAGGAAGUUAAACAAGACAGUGAGCACAUUCCAGAGUCUGAAACACAAAGCACCCAGUGUGCUGCUGCUUCACACGAUCCCAAGACAUUCAAAUCCAUAUCCGGUGUUAAGCCAGAGUGUUAUAGGAGCAACAGGAAAUCUGAGGAGUUUGUAAGGAGUGCUGGUGCAGAAGCCACCACUGCAUCAUCUUCUGGUGGCGCUCGCAUCCCAAUAUUCCAUGCAAGUGCUCUUGGACCUUGGCAUGCAGUAAUUGCUUACGAUGCAUGUGUUCGACUUUGCCUGCAUGCUUGGGCAAGGGGUUGCAAGGAAGCUCCUAUGUUUCUUGAAAAUGAAUGUGCUCUAUUACGAGAUACUUUUGGAUUACAACAAGUUCUGUUGCAAUCAGAAGAGGAACUAAUGGAAAAACGCUCUUCUGAGCUUACCAAUGAGGCAGCUGCCCCCAAGCCUAAGAAAAUUGUUGGCAAGAUGAAGGUGCAAGUACGUAAAGUCAAAGCAACCCUGGAUCCACCAACUGGCUGUAGUAUGUCAUCUCUUAGUGCUCCGGAAAUUAAGCUGGAGACGAAGUUGUCCAACUUUCAGUCAGUACUCUCUUCAAGGUGGAAUACUCUUAAAAGGAUUCGUGUUGCACCUCAUUUACCUGCAGGUCGUUCUUUCACAGCCAAAAGUUCUGCAUAUAUGCAUGCUGGAACUCAGUAUGUAAAACAAGUAUCUAGACUGCUGAAAACUGGCAUAACAAGUUUACGCAAUGGUUCAUCGUCAUAUGAAAUUGUGAAAGAAACAUAUGCUUGCAUGCUGAGACUGAAAAGUUCAACUGAAGAAAACAACAUAAGAAUGCAACCUGGGUCUGGUGAAACACAUCUCUUCUUCCCAGAUAGUUUGGGAGAUGAUCUAAUUGUUGAAGUUCAAGACUCCAAGGGGAAGCAUUUGGGUCGUGUCCUUGUACAAGUGGCUACUAUUGCUGAAGACUUGACUGACAAGUUGCGGUGGUGGUCUAUUUACCGUGAGCCAGAACAUGAACCUGUAGGCAAGCUUCAGCUGUAUAUAAACUACUCAACUUCAGAUGAUAAUAGUUGUCUCAAGUGUGGUUCUGUUGCAGAAACAGUUGCUUAUGACCUUGUCUUGGAAGUUGCAAUGAAGGUUCAACGAUUCCAACAAAGAAAUUUACAAUUAUAUGGAUCAUGGAAAUGGUUAUUAACAGAGUUUGCCUUGUAUUAUGGAGUUUCUGAUGUCUACACCAAGCUAAGGUAUCUUUCUUAUGUAAUGGACGUUGCCACGCCUACUGCUGACUGCCUGGGAUUGGUGCAUGAAUUGUUAGUGCCAGUUGUUAUGAAGUGCCAUACUAAAGGAGCAUUGACUCAUCAAGAGAAUCGAAUUUUGGGAGAAACCAAAGAUCAAAUCGAGCAGAUCCUUUCUCUGGUUUUCGAGAACUACAAAUCACUUGAUGAAUCAUCAUUCUCAGGCAUUAUGGAUGUGUUCAAGCCUGCAACAAGAAUUGCAGCACCCGCACUGGAACCUGCAGUUAAACUAUAUACUCUUUUACAUGACAUAUUGUCUCCAGAAGCACAGACAAAUCUGUGUCAUUAUUUCCAGGCUGCUGCAAGAAACAGAUCAAGAAGGCACUUGGCUGAGACUGACGAAUUUGUUACCACCAACAAUGAACCCAAUUUUUUGGAUCCUUUUGCAGUGUCUACUGCUUACCAGAAGAUGGCAUGUCUUUGCAGGAACAUUAAGAAUGAGAUAUUAACUGAUAUUGAGAUUCACAAUCAACAUAUACUUCCCAGUUUUAUUGACCUACCAAACCUAUCAGCAUCUAUAUACAGCACUGAGCUUUGCAGCAGAUUACGUGCUUUCCUUCUUGCAUGCCCACCAUCUGGCCCUUCACCACCUGUGAUAGAACUUAUUAUUGAAACUGCCGAUUUCCAGCGAGAUCUUUCCAGCUGGAACAUAAGUCAUGUGAAAGGUGGAGUUGAUGCAAAGGAGUUGUUCCACUUGUACAUCAUGAUCUGGAUUCAAGAUAAUCAGCAAUCUCUACUUGAAUCAUGCAAACUAGAUAAGGUAAAGUGGUCAGGAGUUAGAACACAACAUUCUACAACUCCUUUUAUUGAUGAAAUGUAUGAACGACUCAAGGAGACUUUGAGUGACUAUGAAAUCAUCAUCUGCCGGUGGCCUGAAUAUAUUUUUGUUCUGGAAAAUGCUAUUUCGGAUGUUGAGAAAGCAAUAGUGGAAGCUCUUGAUAAGCAGUAUGCAGAUGUAGUGUCUGCUUUGAAAGAAAAUCUGGCACCAAAGAAAUUCAGCAUUAAGUACAUACAGAAACUUACUAAACGAUCUGUAUGCUCCUACACUGUUCCUGAUGAGCUGGGUAUCCUGUUGAAUUCUAUGAAAAGGGUGCUCAAUGUCCUACGUCCCAAGAUUGAGACCCAGUUCAAGUCAUGGAGUUCGUGCAUUCCUGAUGGAGGAAAUACAGCUCCUGGAGAGCGUCUUAGUGAGGUGACGGUGAUGUUGAGAACCAAGUUUAGAGGGUACCUGCAGGCUGUUGUUGAAAAACUUGCUGAAAAUACCAAAUUACAGGAAUCGACAAAAUUGAAAAAGAUUCUCCAAGAUUCCAAAGAAUCCAUGGGAGAGUCUGAUAUUCGGGGCAGAAUGCAGCCAUUAAAAGAACAGCUGAUAAGUACAAUGAAUCACCUUCAUAUUGUUUUUGAGACUCGUGUUUUCAUUGCAAUUUGCCGAUGGUACUGGGAUAGGAUGGGACAAGAUGUUCUCGGCUUCUUGGAAAAUCGGAAAGAUAAUAGAUCAUGGUGCAAAGGUUCUCGAAUUGUUGUAUCUAUUCUGGAUGAUACUUUUGCAUCACAGAUGCAGCAGCUUGUUGGCAAUGCACUCCCGGAAAAAGACCUUGAGCCACCGAGGUCUAUCUUGGAGGUGCGGUCGAUGCUCGGUAAGGAUUGCUAAUUCACUACCCCACAGUUAUUUGUGUAGAUAACAAUGAGCUACGCUACACACAUAUAUUAGAACAAAAGCCUUACAAGGUUGUAAAAGAAAA